AUGGCUUCCGCAAUGGAUGUUGACGAAGAAGAGGUAGAAAUGGCGUCAUCAAGUUGUAGUAAAGGUGAUAAAAAGAGAUUCGAAGUGAAAAAGUGGAAUGCCGUUGCCCUUUGGGCUUGGGAUAUUGUGGUAGAUAACUGUGCAAUUUGCCGUAACCAUAUUAUGGAUCUCUGUAUUGAAUGUCAGGCCAAUCAAGCAUCUGCCACAAGCGAGGAAUGUACUGUUGCCUGGGGAGUAUGUAAUCAUGCCUUCCAUUUUCAUUGCAUUUCUCGUUGGUUGAAAACCAGACAAGUGUGCCCCCUGGACAACAGAGAAUGGGAGUUCCAAAAGUAA